AAUAUAUAAUGUCUCAAAAUUAAGUAUAUGAUGUCAAAUAAUGAAAAAGUGUUAGUAAUUUCAUAUUUUUUUGUUUAUUAUAAACAGAGAUUUAAGAUUUAAAAAAAAGAUAAAAUGUCAGAUGAUGAUUUUAUGGAUGAUGAUGAAGAGUAUGAUUUAGAAUAUUCAACAGAUAGCAACAGUGAACCUGAUGUAGAUCUUGAAAAUCAAUUUUACAACUCCAAAGCACUUAAAGAAGAUGAUCCUCAUUCUGCCAUCGAAAGCUUUAAACGAGUUUUAGAGCUUGAGCAUGAAAAAGGUGAAUGGGGUUUCAAAGCAUUAAAGCAAAUGGUCAAGAUUAACUAUAGGCUGCAACGCUAUGAUGAAAUGAUGAGUCGUUAUAAAGAGCUGCUGACUUACAUUAAGAGCUCAGUGACACGCAAUCACUCAGAAAAAUCUAUUAAUUCCAUACUUGAUUUUAUAUCAUCAUCAAAGCAAAUGACUUUACUUCAAAAUUUUUAUGAGACAACUCUUGAUGCGCUGAAAGAUGCAAAGAAUGAUAGACUAUGGUUUAAAACUAAUUGUAAGCUUGGCAAGCUUUACUACGAUCUUGAGGAUUACAUGAAACUUUCCAGAAUAAUAAAAGAAUUAAGAAAAGCCUGUGAAACUGAUGAUGGUGAAGAAGAUUUAAAAAAAGGAACUCAACUUCUGGAAAUCUAUGCUCUUGAAAUUCAAAUGUACACAGCCCAGAAAAACAACAAGAAGUUAAAGACUCUAUAUGAACAAUCAUUGCAUGUUAAGUCUGCAAUUCCACAUCCAGUCAUCAUGGGUGUUAUUCGAGAAUGUGGAGGAAAAAUGCAUCUUCGUGAAGAAGAGUAUGAAAAUGCAGCCACAGAUUUUUUUGAAGCUUUCAAAAAUUACGAUGAAUCAGGAAGUCCAAGACGAAUUACAUGCUUGAAAUAUCUUGUUUUGGCAUAUAUGCUUAUGAAGUCUGAUAUUAACCCAUUUGAUUCUCAAGAGGCAAAACCAUAUAAAAAUGAUGUUGAUAUUCUUGCCAUGACGAAUCUAGUAAGUGCAUAUCAAAAUAACGAUAUUAAUGAAUUUGAACGAAUAGUAAAAACAAAUCGAGCCAAUAUAAUGGAUGAUCCCUUCAUUCGUGAACAUAUUGAAGAUCUUUUGAGAAACAUUCGAACACAAGUUCUUGUUAAGUUGAUAAGACCAUAUAAAAGGAUACAUAUUCCUUUUAUCUCAAAGGAAUUAAAUGUCGACUCGACUGAAGUUGAGUUUUUAAUCGUGCAGUGUAUUUUGGAUAAAACAAUUGAAGGACGAAUCGAUCAAGUAAAUCAAUUGUUAGAACUUGAGAAAGCAACGACUGGUAUUGCGAGAUUUUGUGCUCUUGACAAAUGGACAUCACAACUAGAUGCUCUUCACGCUGCUGUCUGCAAUAAAAUUUCUUGAAUGAAUUCCAUAUAAAAGAUUAUCUUAAAUAUAUUUUAGUUUUUGCAUCCAUGAUUGCAUUGAAUAGGAUGUGCGUAAAAAUAUGUAUUUAAAAAGUAGUGCAAGAAAAAAAUACUUAACAUUAAAA